GAAUUUCAUGGUUGAAGUAGCUCGGAGUUUCGUUCAAGAACUCAGAGAAACCCCCCAUCUCAAACUGACCCGUUUCGAAGAUAGCAACAUGUCGAGCGAGCCUUCGAUAGACGGAGAAGAAAGAGGGAUCAGAAACUUCCGACGGAAACAGACAGGAGAAUCAUCUCUCACUCAAAGCGGUCAAUUGCUCCACUCGGGCUACGAAAGUAGCGGGUCUGACGCGCCGGAUCCUGACGAGGAUUGCUCAAACGCGAAUUAUCGGUCAUACCGCCGAAGUGCCUCCAACCGCGAUUACUCGAGAAUCAGUGAUACUAGAGGGUUUCUCUCGACAACUCCGGUGCCCACGGAGUAUCUGCAAUUACCCUCAGAGACCACACCAUUGCUGAAGGUGAAAGUUGAUGAUAGGCCUCGAGCCUCCUCGAACGCUUCGACGGUACUGUCGAGUCCGCACGACGACGCCUCAUACCAGAGUGUCAUGUUGUCGGACAAGGCUUCAGCGAAAGAAACGAGCAAGUUCAAAAAUUGGGGCAACCUUUUCAAGGUUUCGCUCCUCACGUCGACUGUGGUUUUCGCAGUGAUUGUAAUGAGCGUCGCAGAAGAACCCGACCACGACUGGAUCAAUUUCUCUUUGAGCGAUGAACAGCCGUACUUCCUAAGCCUGAGGCGGCAACUCAGUCCCACAUAUCCGAUCCUGAGGCUCCAGGCCACCGGACCGUUCCUCCCGCAGAGUUUAAGCAAUCUGAGCAAUGUGGACACGGUAUUCGCUCUUGUGCGAAGAUUUCCAGACGGUGGACAUGAAGUCAUACAAGGCCACGAGCCGUUGGUAGUUCCGACGGCGCCGCCUACGACCGGUCCGCAGGUACAUCAGUCCACAAUCGAGCAUUCGUUCCGCAUACCGGUCACGGAACUCCUUGAAAAUGGCGGCAACCUUGAAAUCCUGGUACAGGCCCGAAAACUCAAAGGACAAAUCUCCGUCAGCAUGCUCGUGAAUCCUUUCACGGAGUUCACCCAGAUAUCACUCAUCAUGGCAGCCGUGGUGCUCGUUGGAUUAUACGUGCUCAUCAUCUUCGAACUGUGCCACCGAACUCUCGCUGCUAUGAUCGGCGCCACUGCUGCGAUCUCGUGUCUGGCGCUGACCGGGGAUCGGCCCGACUUGAAGAAGGUUGUUUCGUGGCUCGACGUCGAGACCCUGUGCCUUUUGUUUGGUAUGAUGGUGAUCGUGGCUAUCCUGUGCGAAACGGGCUUCUUCGAUUACAUGGCCGUCCUGGCAUUCAGAGUUGCCAGAGGCAACGUAUGGCCAAUGAUAACGACAUUGUGCCUCUUCACCGCUGUGAUCUCUGCAUUCCUCGACAACGUAACAACCAUACUCUUGAUGACGGCCGUCACCAUAAAGCUCUGCGAAGUUAUGAAUUUAGAUCCGAGGAAGGUCCUUAUAACCCUGGUGAUAUUUUCAAAUCUCGGAGGAGCUGCGACCCCAAUCGGGGAUCCUCCCAACGUCAUCAUCAUUUCGAACGCGAAGGUUCUCCUAAGUGGAAUAAAUUUCACGACCUUCACGCUACAUCUACUACCAGGAGUGGCCCUCAGCGCAAUCGGCGCGUACAUUUUCCUGAGAGUGUUCUACAGAGACGAGUCGAGCCUUCGACACCAGCAGCCGCAAGAGGUCGUCGAAAUUCAACAUGAAAUCGAUAUAUGGCAGAAAGCGUGCCGCUCCCUAUCUGAAUACUCGAGAGACGAGAGCUACGUACGCACCAUACUCAAGAAGAAAGUCAAGAAUCUGAAGACGAUCUAUCGCAAGAAACUAGUCGAAUCGAGCAGUCCUUCAAGAGAUGACUUCAAGCACAACCUGGAACAGCUUAGUGCCAAAUACAAGAUCCGGAACUGGCCUCUUCUGAUCAAAAGCGGAAUCGUCCUCACUGUCGUGAUCAUUUUGUUCUUCAUACAGUCUAUCCCGGACCUCAACCUGAGCCUCGGUUGGAUUGCCAUUUACGGAGCACUUGCCCUGCUGGUAUUGGCCGACACCGACGAGCUUGAGGGAAUUUUCGGCCGAGUCGAAUGGACGACUUUGCUGUUCUUCGCAGCUCUCUUCGUCGUCAUGGAAGCCUUGACGGAGUUGGGUCUCCUACAAUUCAUCGGCAAUCAGACUGAAAAAUGGAUACUCGCGGUGAACGAGGAGCAUCGUCUGGUCGUAGGCAUAAUAAUCAUAACCUGGGUGUCCGCAUUUGCUUCGUGCUUCAUCGACAACAUUCCGUUCACGACUGUCAUGGUGAAAAUCGUUGCCGCACUGGGUGAGUCCGAAGGUCUCAAUCUUCCCGUGCAGCCUCUUAUCUACGCUCUCGCUUUUGGAGCCUGCUUCGGUGGAAACGGAACCCUUAUAGGCGCGUCUGCGAAUGUCGUAUGCGCUGGUGUGGCUGAACAUCACGGAUAUCGUUUCACGUUCAUGGAUUUCUUCAGGGUCGGAUUCCCCGUGAUGAUCGUGACGACAACGAUUGCGACGGGCUGGCUUCUCUUCACGCAUGCCCUCUUGGGCUGGCACUAGAUUCAAGUGCAGGAAAGCGAACGGCCAUUCCUUCAGAAAAAUCUCCCUUGUGACCAGAAGACCGUGCGAGCCAUCAUAGAAGUCGUACAGUAGUAGUGUCUCUAAUUCAAGCAUAUAUUUAUGGUGUCCAUCGGGAGGAACAAUGUUCAUCUUUGUGGCUGCAUAUCGAUGGGGGGCUCAAGCUUGUGAGCGCCGAUCAGCCGGAAGAAUGCCCCCUGAUCGAGCCUGAAGCUGGGAGAGUAGGAGAAUUGUUGUAUAUUUGCGUUUGGCGGUGACGAGCUUCUGUAGUAAAUCAAAUGUCUCAUUGUCCCGAGGGAUGGUCUCGAUCGGAAAGUUGUCAGCGAAACCACUCAAAAACGUUUCGCGCAUCUCAGUGCUAUGUGGUAGAGAUAGCGCGGAACGGACGCUGCUAGAAACGGCAUACGAUGCGUACCUACUCCUAUCUGGGAAGGUGCCUUAUUGUAAAUAAUAAAUAACAUUUUUAUCUC